AUGAUAAGAACGACAACGAGGACAACAAGAAUAGGAAUACGGAUACGAGGAAGGAUCAAAGAACACGACCUUCGCAAAUUUCAUUCCUCUGUUUCCACUGCCUCUUCCGAACACUCCACGCCCAUCAACUUAUCCAACUUCACACCCGACCUCAUCCGCUCAUUUUCCAUCAUAGCACAUAUUGAUCAUGGAAAAUCCACGCUGUCGGAUAGACUGCUCGAACUCACCCGUACCAUUCCUCAACAACCUAUACCCUCGACCUCGUCUUCAUCUGGUCACUCUAACCCCAACCAGGCUCCGACCAGGAACCAACAGGUACUGGACCAAUUGGCUGUCGAACGAGAACGAGGAAUCACCGUCAAGGCGGUUGCAGUGAGCAUGUUCUACACCUCCCCAUCAGGAAUUACCUACCUUCUCAACUUGAUUGAUACGCCCGGCCAUGUAGAUUUCACCACCGAAGUUCUGCGAUCAUUAUCCGCCACUCAAGGGGCGAUCCUCCUGGUGGAUGCGACCCAAGGAGUCCAAGCGCAGACCUUGGCGGUCCUGCAAGCCGCGCGACGCCGUCGACUGACGAUUCUUCCGGUGCUCAAUAAGCUCGAUUUACCGUCGGCUGAGCCGGAGAAAGUGGCCCUCCAAGUAGGCAGAUUGGUCACCAACGAAGGCUCUGCUCCCGGUGAAAUCAUCAAGAUCAGCGCGAAAACUGGGCUCGGAGUCGAGCAUUUGUUGGAAGCUUUGGUCAACAAGUUGCCCCCUCCUGUCGCAGACCCUAACCGUCCCCUCCGCGCUUUCGUCUUCGAUUCUUGGUUCGAUCACUUUCAGGGCGUCGUCUCUCUCGUCUCGAUCGCCGAUGGAAAAAUCCAAAAGGGGGAUAAGAUCAAGUCUUUCAAGACCGGCAAGACCUUUCAAGUUGCCGACUGUGGAAUUAUGCACCCUCAUCAGCUGUCCCUGCCCUCAGGCCUCCAUGCCGGCCAAUGUGGAUGGUUGACCUGUGCGAUGAAGAAUGCCAAGGAAGCAAUCCUAGGAGAUACAUUCUAUGCAGCCAAGACACCAUUGACGGAAAUCGAGCCGGUGAACCAAAGCAUCGAGACCCGCCAAUCGAUGGUCUUUGCCGGCCUGUAUCCGAUCGACAGCAAUGCCUUCGAUCGUCUAGCCGACGCGAUCCAACGACUUGUGUUGAAUGAUCGGAGCGUGACUGUCAAUAAGGAGUCCAGUGUGGCCCUCGGCCAAGGUUUCCGAUUGGGCUUUUUGGGCACACUCCACAUGGACGUUUUCCGGCAACGAUUGAAUGAUGAAUAUGCAAGUGAGGUGAUCAUCACGCGGCCCUUUGUCCCGCUCCAACUGAUUAGUAAAGGCAAGACGUCGAUGAUCGAGAAGCCUGUCGAUUUCCCGAAUGUUCGUAAUCGGGCUGAUGGAGUCAAAGUCUUUGAGCGAAUCAUUGACGGGACCAUAAUUGUGCCGGAUCGAUUCACCGGGCCGGUUAUGGAGCUAUGUUCAUCACAUCGGGGGAUCCAACAGACGUUUGAAUACAUAGCGGCACCAUCGUCAGAGGCUUCGAAGAAGGGGGGCGAGGUGGUGUUGGAAGGGGACGAGCGCUGGGUGGAGAUCCGAUACAAGAUCCCGCUCUCCGAGAUCGUCACGACGUUCCACUCCACCCUGAAGUCUCUCUCCUCGGGCUAUGCGACCUUUGACUACGAGACCCCGGAGGGACAUGAAGGCUUUGUCGAGGCAGACCUCGUCAGAGUCGACAUCGUCGUCAAUAAGAGCUCGCCCAUCGACGCCUUCGCGACCGUCGUCCAUCGCGAUCAUGCCCUUCGAGAAGCUAGAGCCGUCCUCGCUCGUCUCAAAUCAGUCAUCCCCAGACAACAGUUCGAAAUCGCGUUGCAAGCUACCAUCGGCUCGAAAAUCAUCGCGAGCGAAAGGAUCACUGCCGUUAGAAAAGACGUGACUGCUGGACUAUAUGGAGGACAUUAUGAGCGAAAAAUGAAACAUUUACAGAAACAAAAAGAAGGCAAGAAGAAGCUGCGGUCGUUAAGCAUCGGCAAAGUGGAGAUCCCGCAAGAAGCCUUUUCAGCAGUCUUGAGUGUUGAUGGAAAAGUCUCGUCGACUGUCGCGGGUAAUAAGCGGAAAUAACGAUCGGCUGCAUUUGUGGCCUCAGCUUGCACAUUCACUUCAUUCUUCAAUCACAUAUAUCAUUCACUCUCUCCAUCAUGUCUGUUUUUU